AUGACAAAAGUAAAGAAAGAAGGAAAGAAGAAGCAGUAUAAAAUCAAACUGGAAGUAUCCGUGAGAAAUCACGUGUCUUCGCGUGAAACACGAUUAGAUUGGAUUGAGGUUGAGUUUAUAUCCGAGAGAAAACACGUGUCUUCGCGUGAAACACGAUUAGAUUGGAUUGAGGUUGAGUGUAUAUCCGAGAGAAAACACGUGUCUUCGCGUGAAACACGAUUAGAUUGGAUUGAGGUUGAGUGUAUAUCCGAGAGAAACUAUUAG